GACUGAGUAAAAAUAUGAAUGUAACGACUAUGAUUGAUCGAUAUCGCUUGCAGGUCAAUCGCAGGGGGGCAUUCCAAGUGUCUCUUUUCAGUUGCUUUGGAGGGUUAGCUUGAUGAUACGACUGCCCCAUCACCAAAUGAUAAGAAAUUGGAGGAAGCUUGGCUGCUGGAACAUUGUUAUCAACUUUAAUACUACAUAGAUACCUACCAACGUUGGUUGAAUAGGUAGGUAUUAUAUUUUGAUGUUGAUGGUUUCUUUGUUCAACAGGGCAGUGUCGCUCAUUAAAUUUUGGUACCUCAUCCCGCUGCUUAAUGGCCAUGAUGGCUCACCUCCGUGGAGUUGGGCUGACGUCUCUGAUCGCCUGGUUGUCAACAUCAAUUGUCACCACAUGCGGGCAGAAUACUGACAAUUCACCUGGCCUGCCGAUGGUCAUUAACACUUGGGGUGGUCCGUUUACUGCAGCUACGGAUGCGGCGUACUUAUCUCUCUUGAAGACGGAGACAUCAGCUCUCGACGCUGUUGAACUUGGGUGUUCUACCUGCGAGGCUAACCAGUGUGAUGGGAGUGUGGGCUAUGGCGGCUCUCCUGAUGAGAAUUGCGAGACAACUCUCGACGCAAUGAUAAUGGAUGGCACAAGCAUGAAGUCAGGAGCCGUCGCCGCUCUUCGGCGCGUCAGGGAAGCAAUCUCAGUCGCGAGGGCGGUGUUGGAACAUACAACGCACACGUUACUUGCUGGUGACUUCGCGACUGAUUUUGCCGUCUCAAAUGGGUUUACUGUGCAAAACCUGACGACGGAGAACUCUGCCGCAUCUUGCGAGCAAUGGAAAGCCGAGAACUGCCAACCCAACUACCGCAUCAAUGUAUCACCCGACCCUUCGAGUUCUUGUGGCCCUUACACACCACUUACUCUCGACUCAAACUCAACCGCAUAUGCAUCGUCAUUAGAACCGCGAAGUAAGCCCGAGGGGCACGACACGAUCUCUAUGAUCGCGCUGCACUCCUCGGGCAUCAUGGCAGCGGGAACCUCUACCAACGGUGCCGGCCGCAAAGUACCCGGCCGCGUCGGCGACGGCCCAAUCACGGGUAGUGGAUCUUACGUCGAUGGAGAUGUUGGCGGGUGCGGCGCAACGGGUGACGGAGACGUCAUGAUGCGCUUUCUACCCUGCUAUCAGGCCGUCGAGAAUCUGCGGCAGGGUAUGAGUCCGCAGCAAGCGGCCGAGGACGCUGUUCGGCGGAUGCUGCGGAAGUACCCGGAUGUGCAGAGCGGUAUUGUGGUCGUGAAUAGUAAAGGCGAUCACGGUGGUGCUGGGUCAGGCUGGACUUUUACAUAUGCGUAUCGUGGGGGCAGGAUGAAUGAGACGGUAGUGGUGAGUGUGCCGCCUAUUACUGCUGAAGUGGGUGAUUUGAGACGGUGAUGAGUAUAUAUGUACCUAGGUUUACGACAUUAAGUAAAUUACGAUUAUUAUGA